ACACACCCCUACACACUCCCACAGGCCAAACACACACACACACACACACACACACACAGUCGGGCACUGAUCUCCUACUGCCCCACACCACCACCUGCACGGCGCAGUUUGGAGCAUUUAAGAGCAGUAAGGUUGCUCAGUGGAUGAGGGAGGUGGUGCACCAGAGUGCUCUGAGAUUCCGCUUGGCUUCACAGCAUGGAGAAGUAUGAGAAGAUUGCAAAGAUCGGAGAAGGCUCGUACGGAGUUGUUUUCAAAUGCAGAAAUAAAGACACGGGACAGAUCGUCGCUAUUAAGAAGUUUGUGGAGUCUGAGGAUGAUCCGGUUAUCAAAAGAAUUGCUCUUAGGGAGAUCCGGAUGCUCAAGCAACUGAAGCACUGUAACCUGGUCAACCUGAUUGAGGUAUUCAGAAGGAAGAGAAAACUACAUCUAGUGUUUGAGUACUGCGAUCAUACGGUGCUCAACGAGCUCGAUAGAUAUCCCCGAGGAGUUCCAGAGCCUCUGGUCAAAAGCAUCACCUGGCAAACACUACAAGCUGUGAACUUCUGCCACAAACAAAAUUGUAUCCACAGAGAUGUGAAGCCUGAGAAUAUACUCAUCACCAAACACCAGGUCAUAAAGCUCUGUGACUUUGGUUUUGCCAGGAUCCUCACGGGACCAUGUGAUUAUUAUACAGACUACGUGGCCACUCGAUGGUACCGGGCUCCAGAGCUGCUGGUGGGAGACACUCAGUACGGGCCGCCUGUGGAUGUGUGGGCAGUGGGCUGUGUGUUUGCUGAGCUGCUUUCUGGCGCUCCUCUGUGGCCAGGAAAAUCUGACGUAGAUCAGCUUUAUCUCAUAAGGAAAACAUUAGGUGAUUUGAUCCCCAGACACCAGCAGGUGUUCAGCAGUAACCAGUUUUUCAGCGGAGUGUGUGUUCCUGAACCGCAGGAAAUGGAACCUCUGGAGCAAAAGUAUCCAAGUAUCUCUUACCAGGCAUUAAGUCUAAUGAAGGGUUGUCUGCGUAUGGAUCCUGCAGAGAGGUUAACCUGUGAGCAGCUGCUGGAGCAUCCGUAUUUUGACAAUCAGCGGGAGGAGACAGAGAGUGUGACACGAGAACACGACAGAGCGAAGAGACGAGCGCGUCAACCCCGUAAACACCUGCCCCCGGGGUAUUUACCCCAGCUGACCUGCAGCAGCAUCUUCCCAGCGGUGGACAACAGGAAGUACUACAACAACAAUAUGCGUAAAUUCAACUACCAUUUCCCCAACAUCUAGUCCUUUGUGCUGGAAUACACUUUACACACUCCCAAAUCUGCCCCAAAACACAUUAGUACACUUUUUUUUUUUUGAUGGUGUCACGUAGACUCAUCUACCUUGCAUCUUGCUGAGGAACAGAGGCCGAUGAGAUGGUGAUGCUCGGUUCUCCAGUCAAGUGUCUUUGUUUUUUUUUGUAGAAAGAAAAUCUCUACCGCUCCUCUUCAGCUGUACUGUCAGUCAAGUGACUGCUAUAUAUAUAUAUAUAUUUUUUUUUUUUUUUUUUUGCAUUCGACUCACCAGACAUUCUGUACUUGGUGUGACUUGACAAAGAGCCCUGCUCUGCAUGUACACACACUAAUCUCAGUGUGACACUGCCUUUCUGUUUGCCAAAGUGCUGCAUGAUGUGACAGACAAAACAAACUGAUAGUCUUAUAUCUGUAAGAAAGCUAAUGACCUUGUCUUGUGAGAGGAUUACUGCUCUAGAGGUAAUUAGAAUAAAACUAAGUACAGGAAUCAAACAGUUCCUUUAUUGGCGUUUUAUUUCUUUUUUGUAUACUUACAUUUUCUGUCUCUUUGUAUUGUUAAUCUUGGACCUUUUAACUUAAUGUGAGAGAGGAAUAAUAAUUUUUUAAAAAGCAUUCCGUCUACUAAUCUUAUGACUCUUAAGUUCUGAGUGUUGAUUUUGAAGUGAAUCGCAUUUAUAAAUCAUGUGACUUAAAAAAAAAAAAAAAAGUAUAACGUGUUUAUGGUGGCUUUUAUUAGAGCCUUAAACAUUUAAAAGAUUUCAUUAUAUUAUUGUUGCCUUGAAAGUGGUGCUAAUCAUCUUCUGGCCAUUGACUUGCACCCAAUGCCAAACCGCUAAAGACACAAGCCCAUACCCCAGCCCUCAUACUUAAUUUGUUAUUCACCUUCCUACGCACUUUUCUUUACCUGUAAAGAACUCUUAACAUUAACAUGCUGUUUUUUUUCUUCAAUAAGACAGGCUCAGUAGGGGAGUAAAUAUGGGAACACGAAAUUACUGUAUUUUUUUUGUAUGUGAUUUAAUAAAGAGCUUUCAGAAAUUAAACAUACUCUUAUGAUGACUGGUCACUGACCUUUACAAAACAUCUCUGUUUUACAUACAACACAAAAACCUGUGCAUUAAUACAAGUCAAAACCAAGAUUUAAAAAGAAGAAAGAAGACCUGAUCUGAAGAAUGCUGUGCACAACAUCUGGUAGAUUACUUACAGAUACACAUCUGGGGAAUUUUACAACUCUGAGCAUCCAAAAAGUUGUACAGUCAUAGUACCAAAAAGAAUAUUUACAUUACAUUCUGAACUGAGGAUGGGGGCUUGAGCUGUCAGUACCUAAUAAUUAUUUACUUAUACAUUAUUUUUACAAUUUAAUAAUGAAUAUUUAUUAAUGCUGUUUCUUUGUGAUCAUGUUGAAUAUUUUACUAAACAUACACCACACUAGAAUGAACUGCUCCAAGGGUAUGCAAACUUUUGCACUGUUAUGUAUAAUAACUCCUGCUCACUGAAGGUCUAACUUACACCUGUUACAAUAUCGCAUAUAAAAUAUAAUAUAUAUGCUUUGUCUUAUGACUCCUCCCUAACUGACCCAAACACAUCAUACAUAUUCUGUAAGAAAGUAAAUCACUAUUUCUCAUGUUGAAAUGAUCAUCUGAUCAGAAGUUUAACUUAAAUAUUCAUAGUAAAGUAUACAAGCUCACCAAUAGCUGCUUGUUUAAAGUGAUGAUUAACCCUAAGUUGAGCGUAGCUGUGAGCAUUUAGUGCUUAAAAGUAUUAGUGAAAUCCAGUAUAAUUGCCACUGUAUGCUCUGGUUUG